UCACUCAUUCAGCUGAGCACAAAGCCCACAAAAACACACACACAAGAAUAAACAAAAAUACACACAUAGAAACACACAGUAGGAGAUCGGAGACAAGAUGACGGAGGCGGUGGUGAGGGGCAAACCCGGAAUGGCAAGCGUGAAGGAUAUGCCGCUUGUCCAGGACGGCCCACCACCGGGUGGGUUUGCCCCGGUUAGAUACGCUCGACGGAUCCCCAAUUCAGGGCCCAGCGCCAUGGCCAUUUUCCUAGCCGCUUUUGGUGUUUAUUCCUAUGGCAUGUACCAAGUCGGUAAAGGCAACAAGAUCCGUCGGGCACUGAAGGAAGAAAAGUAUGCUGCACGCAGUGCUAUCUUACCUCUGCUGCAAGCUGAAGAAGAUGAAAGAUUUGUCGAAGAAUGGAAGAAAUAUCUUGAGGAAGAGGCUAGAAUAAUGAAGGAUGUUCCUGGAUGGAAAGUAGGUGAGAAUGUCUACAACUCAGGGAGAUGGAUGCCUCCAGCUACUGGCGAGCUCCGGCCUGAUGUCUGGUGAGAUUGCGGCCUACCAAGGCAUUUAACAGCUAGAGCAGUGUUCCAUUUCAUGGGAACUUUACAUUCCAGUUGCCUGCCUUGUCAAAAAUAAAGAUGCAUCUGGGAAUCGUUGUUUACAUGUAUUCACAUUCACGAGACAGUUCUGUUGUCAAAAUGUUUUGAUACUCUUUCCAUACACUUGAAUGAAUGCGUUGUGCACAAUCAUGGCCCGUUUUUGUUUU